AUGUUUCGCAACCUGAGAGCUCUCGUUACCUCCUCCUCCUCCCACUCACUAAUCCAGCGCUUCGCUGUCAGCGGUACAGCAAAGGGCAAGGGUAAGGGCAAAGAUAAAGCUGGGCAGCCCCUCAAGCGCUCAAUUAUCCCCAAGAAGAAGCCAUCCGGUGGCGGCGGUGGUGGCCGGGGGAGCAAAGGGGGCACCCGCUUGGCCGAGUCCUGUCUCAACGCUCCCACCCCUCUACGCUACCUUUCCGCGAAAGAUCGCCAACGCGAGGCCGAGCGCGAGAAGCUCGGCCUCAUCAGCAAACAACGCCAACGAGAGCUUGAACAGGCCAAGCAAAAGGCAACCUCUGCAUCCCAUGACGAGCCCUUCCUCAUGGGCACGCCUGGCCUUGAUUACAUCUCGCUUGGCCUAGUUGACGCUGAUAAGAUCCCGGAGUAUAAGCUCACAAUCGAGGACGGGCGAAGGCUGGCCAAGGAGUACAGCCGCGUGCUGAUGCGGAAGCAUCGUGCUCGUCAGGCGGCGGAGACCACACUUUUGAGGCUUAAGAAGGAGGCAAUAGCUGCGCUGCCAGAAAAGCUGCAGGUGGCGGCGCUUGUGCCGGACUUCACCCCUUUUCCGGCAAAUAGGUUCAUGGCUACCCUCACUCCACCUAUAGAAGGUUACAUUGAGAAGGUCAAGGAGGCUGCAAAGAAGUCCGUUGGGAAGGAGAAAUUGCGAUGAAGGACAGACUCGUUUUCUUUUCCUGUUUAUAGCUGUUCGUUCUCAGUAGAGUAAAAGGCUGAAAACCUCAAAAAGUUGUCUGCCAGACACCUUCUUGUCAAUGGAAGGCCACUGG